CUACGCACCGUAAGACCAACAGCACAACUCGACAAAUUGGGAAGAGCUGUGAUCCAGCGAUGGAUGAUCCGAUGACGGAUUCCAAACCCCGGCGAUUACUCCGAAGCUUAUUUGCAAAUCUACGUCCCUCUAUAUAUCUGCUGUCGUUCUACGCCGAUCUUUCAGAAUCAACAGCCAUCCGCAGAUUCCGAAUCAGUUACCUUCAGUAGCCAUGGCUGAGAAAGAGGGCGGCGUCGUGAGGAAGGGGCACGAGGAGGGCAUGAAGCUGGCGUCGUCCCUGCUGGAGGAGUUCGGGCUGCCGCUGGGGGUCCUCCCGCUGAAGAACGUCAUCGAGGUGGGCUUCGUCCGGAGCAGCGGCUACAUGUGGAUCCUGCAGAAGGACAAGGUCGAGCACAACUUCAAGAUGAUCAGCAAGCUGGUGAGCUACAGCACCGAGAUCAAUGGCUACGUCGUCAAGGGCCGGAUCAAGAAGCUCAAGGGGGUGAAGGCCAAGGAACUCCUCCUCUGGCCUCCCGUCAACGAGAUCACCAUCGACGAUCCGCCCACCGGCAAGAUCCACUUCAAGAGCCUCGCCGGAGUCACCAAGUCCUUCCCUGUCGAGGCCUUCGCCGCCGACAAGUAAGUCACUCAUCUCUGAUCGCAACAAUGCAUGUGCUUCGCCCUCAUGAAUAACACAGUACGAGGAGGAUAUAUAUAUCUUCAAUUAAAUCUCUGUAUUCAAUAUGUACAACAAAUAUGAAAGUGAUAAUAUGCGA